AAAACUUAUUAAGGCUUGAUAAAAUUUAUAUAAUAAAAGUAACAAAAUUUAUCAAAAAUCUUGUUAUAAAUAAAAUUGUUCAAAUAAUGUUAAUAUGAAUGUAUUACACUUUGUCAUUACCUCUAUUCUGUUUUUAAACUGUAAUUCUCAAUUGCAUCAUCCAUUUGAUGAUAUUGGUCCUUUGCAAUCUGAAACUGAUGAACGAGUAAAAAAUAUUACAUUGCUGACUCGAAAUGUUCUUGAACAUUAUCAAAAUCCAGAUCCUGUAGGUUUACCAAAAGCAAUUAAUCCACCAUAUUCAGAUCCUGAACCUAUUCCUGACUCAAAUGGUGUAGCAUGGUCUAUGUAUAAUUCAACCAUGCGUGGUCAUUCAAAAUUCAGAUUAAAGCAACUUUAUGUUAACAUUGUUGAUAUACAGUUAGAAUUUGGAAUAUCAAUUGAUACAUUAGAAGUAGUGGGUAAUUAUUCAACUUGGCAAUUGUUCCAAACGUAUAUAGGAUACUAUAAUGUUACACUAGUCGAUUUACACAUAGAUGGUUUAGUAAGUUUAAAAGUAAGUGAUUCAGGUCAUUUAGAAACUAACAAUAUAGAUAUGAAUAUGAACUAUAAAAGUCUACACAUGAAUACAAAUAAUAUAAAUUUCCCCUUCUAUGAAACAUUUGUAAAUGGAUUUGCUAGUUUUGUUGUGCAAACAAUUAAACCAAUAAUUAUGAAAAUUGUUAACAUAAUGAUUAAAGAUGAAUUAAAUGAAAAAAUGAAACAUUUCAAACGUUUUCCUAAUACAAUACCACCAAUCGAUCUUUUAAUAGCUGAAAGUCGUCAACAAAUUAAGUCAAUGGGUUUUGAUCCAUGGCGUCUAGAUGAUAUAGUAAAUGCAUUCAAUUUUAAUAUAUUCAGCUUGGAUGUAAAUAAUAUAUGGAUAUUAGGUUUAUCUAAUAUAUAUCGUCUAGGGGAUAUGAACAUUAGUAUACAAAAUAGAACUAUCAUAUCUGUAGUUCAUAUUGGUACCCAAGAGUUAGAAGGACACUGUCAAUGGAAAAUUGGAGCUGCAGGAAUUUUAAAAACUACUGGAACUACAAGCUUUUCAAUUGAUUAUAUACGUGUUGAAGCUAAUGUAACCCAACCAAUGGAUACCAGAUUAGCUCCAAUAUUAAAUGAAAUGGGUUUGUCAGUAGGAAAUAUACAACUUCGUAUGGAUGGAGCUGGAACAUUAGAUUACUUAGCAGAAGCUCUUAUAAAUAUUAUACCAAAUAUUGUAAGAAAUCAAAUUGUAAAUGCUAUGGAACUCCCCAUUAAAAAAAGAAUUCAAGAUGUUUUAGAUAAGAUCAAUAUUCAGGAAAAAAUUGAACAAAGAAUCCCGCCAAUAAUAGAUAAAAUGAUGGAACACAACAUCACAGAUAUAUUUAAAGAGAAUGAAAUAACACAUGAAGAUAUAAGUAUUAUGAGUAAAGAAGAUUUUUAAUUUAUAUAUAGUAAAAUUCUGCAGUAAAAAUGCAAAAAUUAAUUUAAAAUUAAAAAUAAAAUUAUAAGAAAUAAAUUGUUUUUAAAUAUUUUAUAGAAAAAUUUAAUUAAAUCAACAUCUUUAAAAAAAAAUGUAUUUUUAAUAACAUAUGAUACAAUUAUAUACAUACAAAAUUAAAAUAAUUAAGUAAACAUGGUAUGAUUUAUUUCAUUUAAGACUUAUACAAGCUCCGAGUUUUAGGAAGGUUCUUCUUUUUUAGAUAAGUUAGAUUCACUUAUUUCUUGCAACAUUUCAAGGACACGAUUUCCUAAUGGUUCAUCUUCAUUAGUCCAUGAAACAACAACUUUUUUAUUAUUGUUAUCAUUGCCAUCUUCUACAGUUACCAAUAUUGAUGCCAAUGAUAUAGAUCCAUCCGACAUUGUUAAUUUAUUUU